CGGCGGCGGGCGCCCAUUGGCUGCGGGCUGUGUGGCCCGAGGCCGAGCGGGGCGGCGGUGCCGCCAUGGCGCCGCCCGUGGGGUACGCGCUGCUGUGCGGGCAGGCCGCGCUGCUGCUCGGGAACCUCCUGCUGCUGCACGGCCGCGGCCUCCCGGGCAACGACACCGAGCCUCGGGAGCUGCCGCCGGGGCCGCCCGCCGCCGCCUGGGCUUACAGCGAUCCGCGGGCGCCGCUCGUCCUGUGCACCUACCUCCCCGAUGAGUUCGUGGAGUGCGAGGAGCCGGUGGACCACGGCGGGAACGCCACGGCGCAGCAGGAGCUGGGCCACGGCUGCGUGAAGGUACACGGGACACUACUUCAUCACCACUCUGCUCUACUCCUUCUUCCUGGGCUGCUUCGGAGUGGAUCGGUUCUGCCUGGGCCACACCGGCACCGCCGUGGGGAAGCUGCUGACGCUGGGGGGCCUCGGCAUCUGGUGGUUUGUGGAUCUGAUUCUGCUGAUCACCGGUGGGCUGAUGCCCAGCGACGGCAGCAACUGGUGCACCGUGUACUGAGGAGGGCAGGGCUGGCCCCGGCUGCCGCCUCUGCUCGCUCCCAGCCCGGCCCUGCGUGGACUUACAGAACUGUAACUCAGGGUGCACAGCAGUUACUGUGGAUAAAUGACUCCGCACCAUCCUUGGACACAAAGUUGUUCAGGACAUAUUUUGCUUGUUUAAAAUAGUCUGGCUUCCCACUGCAAAUAGUGACAGCUUAAGAAAUCAAAGCCUGCAAACACAGGGGGUCAAACAAACAUUAAUAAAAUCUGGAAGAAGCUCA